AUGGACGAAACAUCAUCCCGCCCGGGUCUGACAGACCUCAUCUCAUCCUACGCCAUCUUACCGACCUUGGCAACUUGGGUGUCAACAGUCGAUCUCUACCACCUCGCGCUCACCAACCGCACCCACUACUCGCACAUCCUCGGCUCACCGACUCUGUUCAAGAAGCUCAGGCGCCUCUGCCUCUGCGACGGCCGCGGCCUCGUCAAGCGCCAAAACUUCCAACGCCCGUACCGCACCAACCUCGAAGCAGGGAGGUGGACAAGCAGCUCGCACGGAGUCAGCGACGAGGAGAUCGAAGUGAAACUGUACAACGCCAAAUGCGACGAGAGCGGCGCUCUCCCCUGCGUCAAGUGCGGGAUCAAUGUAUGCGAGGAGUGCAGAUACUACCUCCGAGCCAGGCCGUCCUACAAGACGAGACGCCCGCACUUCGACAUAGCGCACACGAUCAGUAAUAUUAUGUGUCUGUGUCCCGAAUGCGACCCUGCAGUGGAGGAAGAAGUCAAGGGGCAGUUUCUCAACGAGCUCUGCGACUGCGACCAUUGGGCGAGAUGGAUCUGCACCCGCUGCAAAAUAGAGGAGGAUGAAUUUGACACCGAGUAUUGCAAUAAGCACACCCUGAAGGAAUUCUACUGGAGUGAGCUGGGGACCGGGGAGAACGAGGAUCCUGGCAGGCGUAAUCGGGAGAGACGUACUGCUAAGGGUGGCGAAAAGGGAGACUCCGGCGACCUCGACGAGAAUGAGGACUCCAACAGUGACGAUUCAAGCACUGAUGAUUCAAGCAGUGAUGAUUUGUUCAGGCCAUCCAUCACCAUCAUCGACCAUGCAUUUAUGGUAGCGUUUUGGUGUACAUGCGGCAAGGCCCUUGAGAAUGACAAUCCGAUCAGAUGCACUUGGUGUAGGAGACGACAUCUCCCAGAAGAUGAUUGGUACGAAGAUGGAAGGGACGGCAUGCCAUUUUUUGACAAUGAUCCAGAUUAUCCCAAUUGGACUUCAGACAGCAGCAACGGCCACUACCCGAACCCGUAUCCGAAACUUGGCUACGUCCGCGAAGGAGACGACAUCGAAGAAACGUCCACCUAA